AUGUUUACUGUCAUAAAUUCAAAGUUAGGACUAAGAAGAGGAGGAUUGUAAACAGCAACAUAAGCUUCAACUUCAGAGAUAAGGAGAGUAAAUACAUGAGAAGUAUUAUUUAGUAAAGAUAAACAGAAUUUAGAAAGAAGAUUAAAGAAACAAGGACAAAUGAUUUUAGAAAGAGGCCGUUAGGUUAGUUUGAAUUAUAUACAUUAAAUGAUAAAUUGGAGAAUUCUUCUGACGAGGAUGAAUUUCAAAAAUAAAAGAAAUAGAUAGAAAAGUUAGAACUGCCAUUUGAAUCAUUAUCUAGCACUCUUAGAACAACAACAAAGCCAAUUUUUAUUGAGAAGAAGAACUAUAAGUAAAAUUGAGUAAUUAAAGAAAAGGUAGGCGAUUGUUUAGAAAGUGAAAUCUAAAAUAUAGAGUUUCUUAAAAUUCAAAGAUACUAAUAGAAAUGUAAUUCAAAAUCAAAGUGAUACUUGGGUGUUUCAUGCAGAUGGUUAUGGUAAAUUAAUGUGGGACACAUUCUGUAUGUUAUUGAUAUUCUAUGAAAUAUUAAGUAUUCCAUUUAAAUUAAGCUUUGAUGUUGAAAUAAAUGCAACAUUAGAUUAAAUAAUAGAUAUAAUGUUUAUGUCUGAUAUCAUCAUUACAUUUAAUACUAGCAUAUAUAGAAAAGGAAUACCAAUCUAUAGCAGAAAAUAAAUAGUACUUAAUUACAUUAAACUAUGGUUUUGGAUUGAUCUAGCUGCAUCAUUUCCUUAUGAUGCUAUAAUUACUGCUUCAACUGGAAUCAGUGAAGAAGAGAGUAAUACGAUUGAAACUUCUAAAGAUGCUACUAAAUAUACACAAACUCUAUCUUUACUCAGACUAGUUAGAUUUAUGAGAUUUAUCAAAAUUAUUCGUUUGCUCAGAUUGGCUAAAUUGAAGGUAUUCUUUGAUAAAAUUGAAGAAGCUAUUUAAUUAAAUAUUAUGCUCUCUACUAUAGUAAGCUUUAUCAAACUUAGUGGAUUUGUAUUAUUUUGGUCUCAUUGGUUAGGAUGUAUCUUCCAUUACAUAGCUGUUAAUGAAGACACUACUGACAAUUGGCUUUAUUAUUAUGGAAUAUAUGAUGAAGAUUGGUCAGUUAAAUAUAUUAAUUCACUUUAUUGGGCUGUUACAACUAUGAAUACUGUUGGAUAUGGAGAUAUAUCACCAAGAACUCCUUUAGAAAGACUUUUCGGAAUCUUCUUUCUUAUGAUUGCUACUGUUGUCUUUUCAGUUACUCUUAAUAGCAUUGGCUCAUCACUAUAAGGAAUGGAAGAUAAAAAAGCAGAAAUCAGAAAGAAAUCUAAUCAAAUUUUAAAAUACAUGAAAAAACUUUAAAUACCUGUCCCAUUACAAAACAAAGUUAAAAAAUAUCUUACUUAUAUUUGGGAACAAGAAGCCAUCUUUAAUCUUGAACAUAUUACUGAUAAUCUAUCAUAUGCUCUCAAAUUUGAAUUUGAAAUAUAAGUAAAUGGUACUAUUCUUGGAUAUUGUCCUCCAUUAAGAAUUAACUUCUAAAAAACAUUCCUUAAGUAGGUUACCAAAACAUUCAAAUAAUUUACUGCUUUACCUGAAGAAUUUAUCUUUUUUGAAAAUGAAUCAAUUGCUACUGAAAAACAUCUUUAUUUCAUUUAGAGUGGCAAUAUUGAAAUUAUCUUAUAAAGAAAUACUCAGAAACUCAAUAAAUUAGAAUAAAAAGAUUAUUUUGGUGAAAUUGGAUUCUUUACUGGACUCUCUAGAACUGCUUCUGCAAGAAGUGUUAAUUAUUCAUCGCUUGUCUAUAUUGAUAAGACUUUAUUUACUCAAUUAUUAAAAUCCAAUUAAAUUGAUUUAGUAUCUUAUUAUUUAUAUUUUAGGAAAAAUUUCAUUAAAUCAAAGAUGAAAUUAUUUUCAAUAAAGCUUAUCAUCUUAUUAAUGUAUUUUGUUAUGGUUGUCUUAGAGAUGAUCAUACAGUUAUUGAUUGUCCAGAUAUGCAUUUUAUUGUUGAAUAAUAGCAAUAUUGUUAAUUUAAAACCAAUUUUUAAAAGAAAAUGCAAAGUCUAUAUGAAAGAAAUGAUAGAGUUUAUAUACAUGCACUUCGACAUAAAAAUAUUGUUAAAUUUGUAAUUGUUUAUUUUAUCUAUAUUCAAGACUGUAAAUUAAGUUUCUUCUAAUCUUGCUUAAAAAUUAAUGGCUUAAUAUGAUGAAUGCAAUUUGAUGGAGGAUAAUGAAAAUGGAUAAAUUAUCGAAGAAAAACUAGAACUCUAAUAGAAAUUUGCUUAACCUCCUAGAUUAGGUCCUUUUAAAUCAAGAUUUAGAGAAGAUAAAACUAAGUAUCGAAAAAUGAAAGCUUAUAUUACUGAAUAAGAAAUGAAGAUAAAAUCUUUAAAAGCUUAAUAAAUGAUAAGUUAAGAAAUUUUGAAAAGUAUGAUACAUUUUCAGUCUUAGAAUUUAGUAUUUUGAUCCAUUAGAAAACAUUUAAUUAAGAAGAGUAAAUCAUAUAAUGUGAAUUUCCUUAAACUAAAUGUGUAGCUACAUCGAUGAAAGUAAUUUCGAAAUUUAAAGAAGAAGAAGAGGAUGAUAAUUAAUAAUAUUCAGAUUAUUAGACUGUAUCUUCAUCUGAUUUUGAUGAUGAAGGAGAAGAUAAAUAAACAGAAAAAUUAACUUAUUAAGAAAUUAAGACUUAAAAUGAAAUAUUAGAUUAACUUUUAAAUGCUUAUAACUAAUAAUAGAAAGAAAAAGAAUAAAGAGAACAACAAAAUAAGGUAUAUUCAUUUUAAUUUUAUAAUAGUUAGAGUCUUAAUUUAUGUUAAUAAAUAAUUUUGAAGAGGGAGCUGAUUUUCAUAGCUAUUAUCCUAAAUAUAAUAAAGAAUAAAUGAUUUAUGAAUAUAAUAAAUUAAAAGAUAAUCAGAGAUUUCGCCCUAAUUUAGUGUAAUUUUAUGAGUAAUAUUUAAAAAUAUGA